AUGGCGCCCAGAAAGCCGUCCACUACCGCAGAAGUCGCCUUGGUCCCUCUCAAGAACUGCCUAGUGAACUUGCCGCCGUCGCUGGUUUCACUGCUGGUCAAUGCCAACACGACUGCACAGAAUGUGAUUGUGGAGUUACAAUACCGCCCGACCGUCGGACGAGCCGGCAAUGGCAGCACUACCCCGCGGUCCUGCUACUUUGGAUGGACAGGAAUGCCGAGCAAGAAGAGACUUGCUCCCGUCGUUGGAAGGGACGGAAUCAAUAGUUCAUCUUCUACAAGAGAACAGGAUGCCUCCACGGUUGAGCUCGAUACCACGUUUGGGAGGGUUCUUGGUUUGAGUGAGGGACAGAGAGUCGGUGUUUUCAUUCACAUCGACCCUCCUGUGGCCCAUACAAUUAAUAUUGAGCCAUUAACGCCCGAAGACUGGGAAAUCAUUGAGCUUCAUGCCACUUUCCUGGAGCUUAACCUUUUAUCGCAAAUCCGUGCCCUACCCAAUCCUACCUAUACAUCCCCGCAAGCCGAUCAUAUGCACCCGCUAGCAUUACAUCUCUCUCCAACAUCAACUGCAAAUAUCGUCAUCACCUCGUUGACUCCUGCUCCAUCCAACACCUCUCCAUUCGCUAAAAUCGCACCCGAUGCCGAAGUUAUUGUCGCCCCAAAGACUCGCCCAAAGGCCAACACUCGAGUGUCUCGUGGUGAGAAUCGGAGCGUGACUGGUAGCAGUAAACGAAGCGCUGGGGGAAGAAGCAGUGGCGGAAGCACAGCGCGUGGUAAGAACAGCAAAUCCGAAACCAGCCGAGGUGCUCUUUAUUUUAGAGGAGUUGAUCGACAAUGGUCGGAUCAAUACUUUGAUGCGGAGGCGGAAGAGGAUAACAAUGAAGGCUUCCGAGUCUGGGUCGAUCCCGACGUGCUUGGCACGAAUGAGCUCCGGGGCGCCAGUUGGGUCUGCGUCACGCUCGUCCAACCUUCGGGUCUGAAACCGCCUCCAGAUCCUCAACAGCAAAUCAGCCAGGCGGAACAAAAAGCUAGUGAUGCUGGUACGCCCACGACAAAACUCGUCGCUAAGCUGCUUCCCUGGGUAGAUGCGCCAGACAUCCAGCAUGUCGCCUUAUCUUCUGUACUCUGCUCUGCGAUUGGAGCGGAAAGUAUGGUAGGUGGCAUUGUUCGAGUCGAAGCAGCCCCUCCUCCAUUGCAGCGGUCCGCUACCAAGUCGCUCAAGGUCUAUCCUUUCUUGACAGAUGCGACCAAGCGAAAGGACGGAUUGAAAUUUGGUGCCGACACGCUUGCGGCAAAGGACGCACUGGCUGAGCGUAUCAAAGUGCUGUAUGGCACUCCUGGUUCCGGCAAAGGAUUGCUCACAGGACCCUUGACAGAUGGGAUGGUGCUUCCCAAAUCUGAGAAUCAGGAGACAGUGUCCUCGUUUGACGGUGCUAUAAUCCGGUUUGAUCCGCCUCUGAAAAGCAGUUCGGAUGCUUCCAAAACAGUAUUCAGCUGGCUUCUAGGAUCCGAUGUGAAGCUGCCCCUUGAAAUCCAAACAGAGAUACCAAAACCAGCGGAACAGGGUGCAUUGAUCCUGCCAUUAGAGGACCCAAUACCCGCGACGGUUCCUCCUAUGGUUGGGAUAGACCAAGUCAUCUCACAGUCCUUGGACAAUCUCAAUAAAUCAUGCUCUGUCUUGGUCACUGGUGGUCUUGGAUCCGGCAAGACUGCGUUGGGUCAACUCCUUGCUCAUCGCCUGCGAAAAGAAUAUCUUUUCCAUGUUAAGUACUUUUCUUGCCGGAAGCUAGUGACUGAUGAGACUCGGAUUUCGAACAUCAAAGAAACGCUGAAUCGUCUCUUCAUGUCUGCAGCCUGGUGUGCUCGCCUAGGUGGACAAUCAGCCGUGAUUCUCGACGAUCUUGACAAGCUGUGUCCGGUUGAAACUGAACUCCAGGUAGGAGGGGACAAUGGCCGCAGCCGACAGAAUAGUGAAGUAAUUUGCUCAAUGGUUCGCGAAUAUUGCUCAAUGAACUCUGGGGUUGUCCUCCUAGCGACAGCGCAAUCCAAGGACUCGUUGAAUAACGUCAUUGUGGGCGGCCAUGUGGUCCGAGAGGUCAUUCACCUGAGGGCUCCCGAUAAAGAGGGGCGCCGCAAAGUCCUCGAGUACCUUACCAGCCAAGACCGCGCAGCCUCCAGCGCCACGGCAGAAGGUGGUUCGUCGGCGAUUGCCAAUGGCCACGCGCGGACGGUCAGUACAUCGACUAAUGAUUCGUGGCUGGACCCUUCGAAUCCAGGCAGUCGUCCGAGCUCAUCGGGAGGCGAUGGAUUCAUCCUUGGGCGUGAUGUUGACUUUCUCGACUUGGCCGGCAAGACUGAUGGGUUCAUGCCUGGGGAUCUGGUUUUGCUGGUUGCUCGCGCGCGCAACGAAGCCCUUAUCCGAUCUGUCACCGAGUCAUCUGAUGAAUCGAAAGCAGUCAACCUUGGAUCAACGGAUUUUGACAACGCUAUCAAGGGCUUCACCCCGGCUUCCCUCCGGAAUGUGACACUGACUUCUUCCACCACAACUUUCUCGGCCAUUGGUGGGUUGCAGGAGACACGAAAGAUGCUUCUGGAGACACUACAGUACCCAACGAAAUAUGCUCCUAUCUUCGCGCAGUGCCCACUGCGACUACGAUCUGGUCUGUUGCUCUACGGAUUUCCAGGCUGCGGUAAGACGUUACUGGCCAGUGCCGUGGCUGGCGAGUGUGGUCUCAACUUUAUCAGUGUAAAGGGUCCAGAGAUUCUGAACAAGUACAUUGGUGCAAGUGAGAAGAGUGUUCGUGAUUUAUUCGAACGAGCGCAGGCUGCCCGGCCUUGCAUUCUCUUCUUUGAUGAAUUUGACAGUAUCGCGCCUAAGCGUGGGCACGACUCCACCGGCGUUACGGAUCGAGUGGUCAACCAGCUUCUCACUCAAAUGGACGGAGCCGAAGGACUCUCGGGUGUGUACGUUUUAGCGGCCACAUCCCGACCGGAUCUCAUUGAUCCUGCGCUACUCCGUCCUGGACGUCUGGACAAGUCGCUCCUCUGCGAUAUGCCAAACCAUGCUGACCGGGCUGAUAUCAUUCGAGCGGUUAGUGGGAAGCUCCUCAUGAGUGAAGAGGUAGUGGCACGGUUGGACGAAGUGGCCGCGCGCACAGCAGGCUUCUCUGGCGCAGAUCUACAGGCGGUAGUCUACAACGCGCAUCUGGAGGCGGUCCAUGAUGCGUUGGGAGAUCGUACGGGAAGCGACAAGCCGCAAGCAAAGGCUGGCAAGUCUACCACCACAAGUACGAGCAGCCGCUCGUUCAUACAGUUCCUCUACUCGGACCUAGAGCAGCGGGCUGGCACAGUGGCGAUGCCGGCACCCGCGGUGGUGGCAUCUAAGCUGGACGCUUUGAAGAAUGCGCGACGCCGCCAACGGCAGCUCGAGCAGGGCAAUUUCGGUGCAGCUCCCACCAACACGGCGGCCAACUCGCACGAGACAGCCGCAGAUGAGGGACGCGAGGAGAUUAUGGUGCGGUGGGAACACAUGGAGCGGUCCUUGACCACAACGCGCAGCUCGCUCAGCGAAGCUGAACGAAGGCGACUAAACGCAAUCUACCGGGAGUUUGUCGAGGGUCGGGAUGGCGAGAUGCCCAACGGUGAAGGCGGGAGGGAGAUUGGGGGAAGAACGAGUUUGAUGUAG